ACCAAAAACUCCCCACCAGCCACCCACAAAAAUAUCAGCAUUUUUUUAUGCUAUGCUUCUUUCUGGUCUGUGUAGUCUUAAUUUCUUUAACUAAAUACAUCUCCCUUAAAUAAGAAUCAUAUAAAUUAACUCUGCUGUGUUGGCCAACCAUUUCCUCCUCCAUUUAUCAUAGCUUGUUUCCUCUCAAGAAAUGGCUACCAAAGUUCAUGUGGGAAUGGAGACGGAAAUUAAUGGAAAUGGUGUGCCUGAGAAGGUUUCCAACAACUGGAAGAAACGCAUACAUGAUUUUUCUGGGAAAAUGAAAAGAUUUCCAGGUUGGUUGUGCCGAACCAUUUGGAAGGUUGGUCGAGACGACCCUAGAAGGAUGAUUCAUGCUUUCAAGGUCGGAUUGUCUUUGACACUAGUUUCCCUGUUGUAUUUGAUGGAGCCAUUGUUCAAAGGGAUUGGACAGAAUGCCAUUUGGGCUGUCAUGACAGUGGUUGUCGUGCUGGAAUUCACUGCAGGGGCAACUUUAUGCAAAGGCCUAAAUAGAGGAUUAGGGACAGUGUUGGCAGGAUCAUUGGCAUUUUUCAUUGAGUUUAUUGCAACUAAAUCCGGAAAGGUUUUUCGAGCUGUUUUCAUAGGAGCAGCAGUUUUUCUGAUAGGAACUGCAGCCACAUACAUGAGGUUCUUUCCCUAUAUAAAGAAAAACUACGACUAUGGUGUUGUGAUAUUCCUCUUGACCUUCAAUUUGAUCACUGUGUCAAGCUACCGUGUUGAAAACGUAUUAAAGAUUGCACAUGAUCGCUUCUACACCAUUGUCAUUGGCUGUGCCAUUUGUCUUUUCAUGAGUCUUCUGGUAUUUCCAAUUUGGUCAGGUGAAGACCUCCACAAUUCCACUGUAGCCAAGCUUGAAGGGCUUGCUAAAUCCAUAGAAGCUUGUGUCAAUGAGUACUUUGAUGAUUCUGAUACAAAAGAAAAACAAGAUAGAUCAUCAGAGGAUCCCAUCUACAAAGGUUACAAAGCAGUUCUGGAUUCCAAAUCUACUGAUGAAACUCUGGCAUUAUAUGCAAGUUGGGAGCCAAGGCAUUCGAGGCACUGUUACAGAUUUCCAUGGCAGCAAUAUGUGAGAGUGGGAGCUGUUCUUCGCCAAUUUGGAUACACUGUUGUAGCUCUGCACGGAUGCUUGCAAACUGAAAUUCAGACCCCACGAUCUGUCCGUGCCCUCUUCAAAGACCCCAGCAUCCAACUUGCUGGAGAAGUAUCCAAAGCACUAAUGGAACUUGCCAACAGCAUCAGAAAUCGCCGCCAUUGCUCCCCUGAAAUACUCUCUGAUCAUCUCCAUGAAGCCUUGCAAGACCUCAACACUGCCAUAAAAUCCCAACCAAGGCUCUUCCUGGGCUCCAACAAUAACCAGGCCACCAACAUGCUAGCAUUAGCAGCUGCACAUGCAGCUCGCCAAAAGCCAGAAAAGGACCACGGAGUUUCACUGUCAAGUGUAAAAACGGACUCAUCUGCAUUGAUGGAAUGGAAAACCAAAAGGGUUAGUGAACAAACCAAAGAGAAUGAAAGGAAGAUCUUGAGACCGCAGUUAAGCAAAAUAGCAAUCACCAGCCUGGAGUUCUCGGAAGCACUUCCCUUCGCCGCUUUUGCGUCUUUGCUGGUGGAGAUCGUGGCAAGGCUUGAUAACGUGAUUGAAGAAGUUGAAGAACUGGGGAGGAUAGCAUGUUACAAGGAGUUUAAUCCUGACGAUGAAAUUAUUGUGACAUGCGAAAAACCACCGGUGGAUGUUGCCAGGAGUCAGCUUGCAUCCCAUGCAGCAUCAGAUUAAUGGUAGACAGGCCAGUUGGGAGAUCAGUUUUCUUGAGAUGUGGCUGGUUUCAUUAUCAUGUGAACAUGUUAGAACAGAUUAUCAGUGUAUUGGUAGAUUGAAAUUUUCAUUUAUG